UUAAGCUCAGGGGGCUUUAGGAGCAAACAACCUGCUUUUUAUUGUGUGAUCAGGACGUGCGAGGACCACCAGCGCCAUGAGAGCUGUCCAGUACUGUCUUCUGCUCCUGCUUUCCCUGGUCCUGCUAGCAACACACAGUGAGGCUCUGCAGUGUUAUACCUGUAUGGGCUCCAAUAAUGACGACUGCAACCGGCAAGGCUCCAAAUCCUGUCCCACCUACUCUGAUGCCUGCGCUGUGGUGGUGGGCCAUGACAGUGGGGUGAUGAAGUCAUGCUCCUACAAGUCCUUCUGCAGUCAGGCCAACAGCCAGGGCUACAGAGCACCGGGUGUCAGAGUUCACUGCUGCUACAGCGAUGACUGCAAUGUGACAAACUUUGCCUCUCGGCUGCAGGGGCUCAACUAUUUGCUGCUGCUUCUGCCUCUGUUGUUCCACUGCUUUUUCAAGUAGACACACGGCUCAACUUAAUCAUCCAAACAAAUAUCCAUCUGCUACACAAACGCCAACUACUAUUGCAUUAAUUCACCACAACAAUGCCUAAUAACCCUUCCUUACUACAAUUUCACUUUUCUCCUUUAUUUACCUUAUUUAUCUCAACUUGAACCUAGACAUCAAGGAGUUACUGCACAUAGUUCAAGGUGCUAGGUGUGACUGUGUGGAUUAUACACACACUGCUGGAUUGAAUCCAUUAAGAGGUACUCAAGUAGAUGCGUUUGUCAAUGGAUUUCACUAAGCCAAUAAGAAGAAGAUCCUGAGGGAAGUGCUGAAAUAACAGGCAGAGAUUAUUUAUUAUUUGCUUCCUACAUUAAAGAGUACUGUUUGAGUUUAUCAGUUCCCCCACCUGGUUUGAUGCUGAGCACACAAU